UCCUAGCCCUGCCCCGCCCAGGCUGGGUGACCUGGGGCACAUGAUUAACCUCUUUGAGCCUCAGUGAAGUGGGUGGUGGGGUCAGCAAUCCCUGGUGCAUGACUGCUGUGAGGUUAGAGGAGGUGAGUGACAGACACCAGCAUGUGCCUCACACACAGUAGGUGCUCAUUCAAUGGUAUCUUUGGCUCAUUCACGUCAUGAGCUGGAGAUGGACGCCCCUGACCUUUCAUGUCUGAUUCCUUUCCAGGAGACGUCCCCGAACCAUCCAUCUGGGCUGACCCAGGCCCCAUCUUCACCAAUGGGAGCUCUGUGACCAUCUGGUGUCAGGGGUCUCUGCAGGCUAGUGCCUACGUUCUAUAUAAAGAGAGGGGCUCUGAGCCCUGGGAUACCAGGAUCCCACAGGACUCCAGCAACAAGGCCGGUUUCCUCAUUGAAGCCACGACCUCAUCCCACGCAGUGCUGUACCAGUGUGCAUAUUACACCACUGAGGACAUACUGUCUCAGAGGAGUGACCCCCUGCUCCUGGUGGUGACAGGAGUGGGCGAUGCACCCUCUCUUUCAGCCCAGCCAAGCGCUGUGGUGGCCUCAGGAGGGAACGUGUCCCUCUCCUGUAGCUCACAGCUCACAUCUGGUCCUUUCCAUCUGCUGAAGGAGGGAGGGGCUGACCCGCCCCGACACAUGGAAGCAGAAUGGAGGAUGCAUGCUGAAAGGUGGCAGGCCCAGGCCAUCUUCUCUCUGGGCCCCGUGAGCCCCUCCCAUGGGGGGACCUACAGAUGCUAUGGUUCUUCCAGCUCCUACCGCAACGUGUGGUCACAGCCCAGUGCCCCUCUGCACAUCCAGGUCACAGGUGUGCACAGGGAGCCCGCCCUCUCAGCCCAGCCAGGCUCGCUGGUGCUGCCUGGACACAGCCUGACCCUCCAGUGCCACGCGGAGGCCGGCUUUGACACAUUCGCUCUGACCAAGGACGAGGGCCUCACACACCCCCAGCGCCUCGAUGGGCAGCACAGCCCCCACUUCCCCCUGGUCCAUGUGAACCGCACCCACGGGGGCCGGUACAGAUGCUACAGUGGACACAACCUCUCCUCUGUGUGGUCGGCCCCCAGCGCCCCCCUGGACAUCCUGGUGGCAGGAAUGUACAGGAAACCCUCCCUCUCAGCCCAGCCGGGACCCUCAGUGCCCAGGGGAGUGAACGUGACCCUGCAGUGUGGCUCUGAGAUCUGGUUGGACACCUUCCACCUGCACAGGGAGGGGUCACUGGACCCUCCCCAGCACCUCCAUCUGCAGGACACGUCUGCACCCUCUCAGGCCACCUUCACCCUCAGUCCUGUGACCUCAGGCUUCCCGGGGACCUACAGGUGCUAUGGCUCAAACAGCACCUCCCCCUACCUGCUGUCACAGCCCAGCGACCCCCUGGAGCUGGUGGUCUCAGACUACACAGUGGAGAAUCUCAUCCGGAUGGGCGUGGCUGGCUUGGUCCUGGUGGUCCUCGGGGUGCUGCUAUGUCAGGCUCGAAACGACACCAGAAGGACCCACGAUGCAGGCGGGAUGUGAACACAGAGGGAACAAUGCACCGUUCAGAGUGGGGGAGACUUGGAGCCCAUCUGAUGACCCCAGGAGGUGCUGAAAGAGAAUGUGGACCACAGUUGGGGAAACUGUCUGCUGAGAAUGUCCAGGGGAGGAGACGUGAGAGGCACAUUUUGGGUGCUGGAGAACGUGGGUCAUGUCCCUAUAGAGGACGCCUCCUCCAUCCACCUGGGGUGCUCUCCCUGUCUCCCUGACCUCGCUCACUCUCCUUCACUGCCCUUCUCUUCUCACCCUGUGACGUGAGGGUCCAUCCCACAUGGCUGGUUUGGAUUCACAUUUAUACACCCCUUCAUGCUGGGCCACACCCAUCCCAA